UGCUCUAUUUUGUAUGGCCACUCAUAUUUUUCAUGACAGCACACGUGAUGAGAUCAAAGACCUUACAGCAGGGUGAACUCUGUCCCUGUGCAAGACUGUGGCAUAUGGACUGAGUUCAUAGGCUGGGCGAUACAGUUUCAAGGACUGGGCAGAGCCGGCGAAUUGAACAUGCCCCCCGCAGCAGUAACCAAUCUAGGCUACACCCCACCAGACGGAGGCUGGGGCUGGGCUGUCGUCUUCGGCGCUUUCAUCUCCAUAGGAUUCUCGUAUGCCUUUCCCAAGUCCCUCACCAUCUAUUUCAAGGAGAUUCAGGAAUAUUUUUCAGUUUCCUACAGUGAGAUUGCCUGGGUGUCCUCAGUCAUGCUUGCUUCUAUGUAUGCAGGAGGCCCUGUCAGCAGUGUACUGGUCAAUCGCUAUGGCAGCAGACGUGUGGUUAUAGUUGGCGGGGUCAUGGUUUGCACUGGCAUGGCUCUUGCUUCUCUUGGCACUAAUAUAAUACAUCUGUAUCUCUGUGUUGGAGUAAUUGGAGGUUUUGGUCUCGCGUUCAACUUGCAGCCCUCCCUGACGAUCAUAGGCACUUACUUCCAGGUCAAAAGGCCUCUUGCCAAUGGACUCGCUAUGACUGGAAGUCCAGUUAUUCUCUCAACUCUGGCUCCUCUCAAUCAGUUUCUGUUUGAUUCUUUUGGUUGGAGGGGGAGCUUCCUCAUCCUGGGAUCCAUUGUUUUGAACUGCUGUGUAGCUGGUGCUUUGAUGAGACCAGUCAACAAAAGCAUACAACGGAAAACAAUAGAUGAGUCAUCAAAGUGUGAAAAUGAAGCUGAGGAACACGCUGCUGCUGAAGACACCAGUACCCACUCUGAUAACCUUCAGACUGAAGAUCAAAGUGAGAGCAAGGGUCACAGCUUUGUGCAGAAAUUCAUAGAUGUCUCACUUUUCAGACACAGGGGCUUCCUCAUUUAUCUAAUUGGUAAUGUGGUCAUGUUUUUUGGCUUUUUUGCACCUGUGGUUUUCAUGGCUCCAUAUGCCAAACAUCAAGGGAUUGAUGAAUAUUCAGCAGCUUUCCUGCUCUCCAUUUUUGCUCUGGCGGACAUGUUCGUUAGACCGACAACUGGCUUCGUGGGCAACACCAAGUGGAUUAGGCCAAGAAUACAGUAUUUUUUCAGUUUUGCUGUUUCAUACAAUGGCAUAUGUCACCUAAUGUGCCCACUGGCAUCUGGCUAUACAGGCCUAGUUGUAUAUGCUGUCUUCUUUGGUUUGGCAUUUGGGAUGCUUUCUGCACUCCUUUUUGAAGUUCUAAUGGACCUUGUUGGAGCUCCUCGUUUCUCCACUGCUGUUGGACUUGUCACCAUUAUUGAGUGUGGGCCAGUGCUUCUGGGACCUCCAAUGUCAGGAGCUUUGGUUGAUUAUUUUGGUGAUUACAAAUAUAUGUAUUAUGCAUGCGGUGUAUUCAUGCUGGUUUCUGGCAUAUUUUUCUUCAUUAUGCAUUACUACAACUAUAAAAAACUGGAUGAGGAGCACAGGAAGAGCAAAGCAAUGGAGACAAGAAAUUCUGACGAGGCAGUAGAACUAAAAACGAACCAGGAUGAUAGAACGAUGAAUGAAACAGAUGAAUGAACUUGAUGACUAUGACUUUAUUUCAGUGGAUGCAUACAAAAUGACAUUGCAAAGGCUUUUUAUGCAGUAUGUUAAUGUAUUUUAUACCUUAAAUGACUUAGAGUAGUUAGACUUUUAAAUACUUGCAGAUUCACAUUUGUUAUUUUGUAAAUUCUCAUAUUAUGUAUAUUAUUAUUAUUACAGUGUGUGACAUAUGUAACUCUGAGGAUUUGUUAAUAAAUUACAAGGAACUACCUCUGUUCUAGUGCAAUCCAUAUGGCUUUAUAAACUUAAGCAGUUCAUUUGGUUUCUUCAUCAGUUAAAUAAUAAUAAAUUUUCUGACUCUUAUAUCUGAAUAAUGUAAGAAAAGAAGUCCAAACCCACAUGCACCCACAUUUCAGUGUUACUAAACUGUGUUACUUAUUACCACUAGAUGGCACUGAACCCUAUCACAUGAAACCUGAGGCCACACACAUCUUUUCCAUUAAACUUCAAUUAAACAUCAGGCAUCCUCAUGCCUCGGGCUCAGUUCUCUACAGCAUCGCUUUCCAUAAUCUGGGUCAUGACCUCCGGCCCAAUGGGAAGAUAGCUAUUUUGAAUAGUUUACAACAUUUGCAACAGUAAAAACAAAAGUUAGGUGUCUGUUGUGAAGACUGCACUUUCUGACUUAAAUAGCUUCCCUGAAAUCCUUCUCACUCUAAAAAGGAGAAAGGAAAAUUCAUUCUUUAUGUUCUAGUCUACAGUAAAACACACUUUGAGUGUCAUGGGGAUCUGUAAAAGUUGUUUCACUGCAGCACAGCUUCAGUGAAGUCAUAAAAAUUCAGCAUGAAGUUAUGGAAAUAUUUGAGAAUUAACUUUUAAAUAAGUGUGGUGAACCCAAUGUGCAUUUAAUAAGAUUGGAUUUGCAGGUGUGGCUGAGGAAAUGAAACGCUUUACUUGUCCUUACAGACACAAAAAAAUGUAUUGUGCAUAUAACACAUUUAAGCUGUAGGUCAGACCUUUAGAUGUGUGAAUGUGAAUCUGCAAUGAACAUAUAGAUUUCUGUCAUAUGGACAAUCAAGACAGGUCAGCCCAUCGCUCCAUAGGUCAACCUUUCUCUGCACACACACAUCAUGAUUUUAUGCCCUUAGAAUUCAUCCUCAAGCACUAAUGCAAUACAAGAUUCAUGUGCAAGCCAUUAAAAAUGAACACUGCUAUUAUUACAGAUGUAUGCUUAAAUGAUCCAUCCUCAUCAUGUCCCUGUAAGGUGCAUAUUGACUCCCUUUCUGGAUGGACAAAAAUUGCUCAUGUGAGUGAAUCAAUACUUUAAUUUAUAGCGUAAAGUAAUGUUACUUAAAAAUCUGAUAAACAGAGUAAAUCCCUUUGUUAUGGCCAAAUGAACCUUCCAGAUCCCUCAGGUCAUCUGGAUCCGGUUUUUUUUAUCAGUUCCCAGAGUCAGAACCAGA